AUGGUUGAUGAAAAAAUACCAAACACAACCAUUCCACUUUAUAAUUUUAUCACUAAAAGUGAUCAUUAUUUGACAUCAUUUGUGAAUAAUGACAAUGCUAAAGGAUUUGUGUUGUCAGAUACAAUUUCCAAAGCUGAUGAACCUAAGGAGGAUGAUGAAGACAACGAUUUUGCAGAACACGAUGAUGAUAUUGCACUGAAAGAGAUAGAUGUUAAGAAAAGAAAGUCUGAUGAAUUUAGUCUGCCGAAUAUAGAUGCACAAAGUAUAAAAAGAAUUAAAGACGCGAGUAAUAUCGUUGGAAGCAUCCAAGCCAAUGAUCGUUUGUUGAAAGAGCUGUCUAUUAUUUAUAAAAGCGAUGAUCAAAACGAAAUUUUCACCGUUAAUUUGAUUGAUGACCGUCUUGAUGAAUGGGAAGUAGGAAUAAAAGAAGUAGAUAGUGACUCAGAACUAAUGAAAGAACUAAACAAAUGUUUAUAA